AUGGCGGCGGCCUUUUUCGACAGGCUACCUGUGCAACUGACUCGAGCGGAGGAAGAGCUCAGGGAGCACCUGGUUCGAGCUGCCAGAAUAGCAGCCGAGUUAUUGCCGCCUGGCAAUGUGGUCUCACUUCAGGAAUGGGUGGAGUGUCGGAUGCCUGGUGAAGUCGACCUGGCCACAGACGACGCUGGUCUCGUCACCUUGCGACCUGCGCGGUCCCCGCAACAGAAGGUGCCAGACCCAGUCCUACAGUCCUUCAUGUCGCGGCUUCCGGCGGACCAUUUUGCACCCGAGGAGGAGGCUCUGCGGGAAGCGAUCGUGCGUGUGGUGGAGCGGGGGCCAUCGCUUCUAGCACAGGUCAAGAGAGACUCCGGUGUCUCCAGAGCGAUGAAGGUGCUGCUUCCGCCGAGCAUCGCCUUGGAGGACUGGAUCGAGCGGCGGAUUGGCGGAGAGGUCGCCGUGGACUCCGAUGAGCGUGGCCAGCGGGUGUGCCGUAUGAUGAACGGCACAGUCAAGGAAGACCACGGCAGAAGGCGGUCCGACGACUUCUUCAAGAACCUCCCAAAGGAUUGCUUCACGCAAGGCGAAGAGCGGCUGCGAUUAGCCAUCCUCGACUUCUUGGCGGAAUGGAGUGCCAAGGAGCUGGCCACGCUCAGCCAGUGUCAGAACAAUGUUAAAGUCCAGCAGGCAGUGCGAUACGCGUUAGACGGCGGCGUCGGCCUCAAGGACUGGAUCGAGAAGCGGAUAGGCGGCGAGCUGACACUUCAGCCGGCUCCAGAUGGCCAGCUUGAGAUCCACCUCACGGCAAAAGCCCGGCCAGCCAUCGCAGAGCGGGUCCAGUUCCUGCAGAGUCAGAGAGGGUUCCCUCCGCCGCACAUGCCGGGCAUGCCGCCUCCGAUGCCUAUGCCAAUGCCCAUGGUGCCCGGAAGGCCCCUGCCACCGCCAAUGGCGCCAUGGCCGGUAGGGAAGCCGCAGGAGCGUGAGAAGCCGAAGGCUCGAGAGCGAAAAGACCCCCCGGAGGGCAAGAAGGCCUUCUGGGAGUCCUUGCCGGCAGAGGAGCUGCUGCCGAAGGAGCUGGAGCUUCGGCAGCUGCUGCUCGACGAACUGGACCGCUUCAACCGCGGUGGCGGUUCUGGCGAAGGGCCAAUGUUGUCCUCAAUCGCAAAUAACAAGGCAUGUCAAAGACUGAAAAACGAUCUCUUCAAAAAGGAGGUCUCAUUCCGCGACUGGAUUGACAGGCGCAUUGGCGGUGAGAUCGCCACAAAGACAGCCUCGAAUGGGCAGGUCAUUAUUCUUCUUCGCAAUGGUGACCAGGCAGAUGCUCAGGAGCCUGAAAUAGAUGAGCCCAUGGAGGGAGCGGAGAUCAGUUCAGAGGCUCAGGCCUUCUUUGACGACCUACCCCCAGAUGGCUUCCUGGAAUCAGAGGAGGCCUUAAGAGAGACCAUCCUGAGUUUUUUGGACAGCUGGGGCCAAGACGAGCCCCCGACGCUGAGAGACGCUCAGCAGAUUCCGGAGAUCAGAGACGCGCGUGACGCGUGUCUAUCCGGAUCGUCCGGUGUCACGCUGAAAAUGUGGAUCGACCGCCGAAUUGGUGGUGAGAUCGCAACAUGGCGCAAAGGAGGAAGGGCACCCGACGUGUCGAUCGGUUUGCGAGAAAUCUGGGGUGAGGAAGCCUCCGCCGCCAACGUCGAGGAGGUUGAACACGCGAAGGCAGCUGACUUCGACCAGGUAAAGAGGCGGAAGGUUGACGAAGGAGGUCGAGAUCGAAGAGGCAUGGCGAAGGGCAGGGGGAGAUGA